GCAACCCCUUUAAUCCCCUAUAUAUUCAGUUCAUUUUCAUAGACUAAACAUCUCACAUCUUUUCAUUAAUCAUCAUCAUAAAAAUAAAAAAAAGAGAAGUAUACAAUUAAAAAUCAUGGGUAAAAUUAUGAUAGUUGGAGCCAUUUCUUUAGCCAUCCUUUUUAUGGCAGCCACAGUUUGUAGCUCACGUAUCAUGACCAUCACCAUUGCUGAAGAUGCUCUUAACCCUCAAACUCAAAGCUGCCAGCAGCAAUUUCAACAGGCACAGCAGCUACGUUCAUGCCAGCAGUUUCUAAGGCAUAGGAGCCAGCAGUAUGAGGACCAACAGAUUCCUCGUGAGGUUCAACAAUGUUGCAAUCAGCUUGAACAGAUACAAGACCCACAGUGCCGUUGCGAGGGACUAAUGAGAGUGGUUCAACAAGAGGAACAAACAGGGCAAGUUCAAGGAAGACAGAGGCAACAAAUGCUUCAAACUGCACAGAAUUUGCCUGGUUUAUGUAGAAUUAGCCCACAACGAUGUGAGAUCCAAACUGUUCGCAGCUUCUUUUAAAUUGCAAAAAUUAUAUGUAAUCCUGCGUUCGCUUAUGAAUAAAUAAAUGAUCUAGUAGUUGUAAAACUCGAUCGUAGUAAUAAAAUAAAAUCACACCUUCUGGUGUGAUUUUUCUCUCAUUGCA